GCAGCAUCUCUCCAGCACGCAAGAGGAAAAGUAGUCCACCACGUGGCCGAAAUAAAAGCCGAUCUGCAUCUUCACGUCCUCGUGGCAAUCGACCGCUUGUUGUCGCUGCUAAAUCGAGUCGCGGAAGAGAACCUCCGAAGAGAGACCGCAGUCCACCUAAGGGGAAGAACUACAGAAAGAGCCGCGAAAGUGACGAUAAGGACAAGAAAAGUGAUGCUGGGGGACGUUCUUCCGACGAAGCCAGUACUAGAGGACGACGAAAGACAUUUGCACCACCUGCUGGUGCGCGUCCUACAACUAUCAUUAAAUUAAGAGUAGGUUAAAGGUGCUUUUCUUACCGCUUUUUAUGCCUCUCCUAAGGGAGAAAGGCAUAACAAGCGGGGUAAGCGAGCACCAAAAACCUACCUCUAAUUAAAGUGGGUCCUGGUGAAUACAAAAGAGUCCGAGGAGAUACUUCGGGUGAGGAUAAGCUCGACUAUCGAGGUGUUUUGAAGUCCAAGAGCGUGUCUAGAGGUGGAUUACGAGGAGGGACGACCUACGAUGAAAACGCUCCGAAGUAUGUCAUUCCUGCUAGGCGUCGUGACCGAAGAGACAGCUCUGCUGGACGCAGCAAUGUUGGUUCUGGAGAAAAGAAGGACAUCAAGGAUGCGAAGAAGUCAACGUCGCCUGCACGGCCCCUGAAGAUUCUUCGUCCUCGUGGUCGUAGCCCGAGCAAUCCUCGUCGCACCUCUAAGCCUCGUGGUCAUGCGUCGAAACCGAG